CGUCACUGCGGCGCGCCGGAAAUGGCUGCCGCAGUUGCCAGUGUCCCCGGAAGUGGUCGCUGCAGGAGAUUGUUGUUGACUCUCCUGGCUGGCGAUGGGUUGCGACGGGGGCACUAUCCCCAAGAGGCACGAACUGGUGAAGGGGCCGAAGAAAGUUGAGAAGGCUGACAAAGAUGCUGAAUUGGUGGCCCAGUGGAACUAUUGUACUCUAAGUCAAGAAAUAUUAAGGCGACCAAUAGUGGCCUGUGAACUUGGCAGACUUUAUAACAAAGAUGCUGUCAUUGAGUUUCUCCUGGACAAAUCUUCCGAAAAGGCUCUUGGGAAGGCAGCAUCUCACAUUAAAAGCAUUAAGAAUGUGACAGAACUAAGGCUUUCUGAUAAUCCUGCCUGGGAAGGGGAUAAAGGAAACACAAAAGGAGACAAGCACGAUGACCUCCAGCGGGCACGUUUCAUCUGCCCAGUCGUGGGCUUGGAGAUUAAUGGCCGACACAGGUUUUGCUUCCUGAGGUGCUGCGGUUGCGUGUUUUCUGAACGAGCCUUGAAGGAGAUAAAAGCAGAAGUUUGUCACACAUGUGGGGCCGCCUUCCAGGAGGACGACGUCAUUGUGCUCAACGGCUCCAAAGAGGAUGUGGAAAUGCUGAGGAAAAGGAUGGAGGACAGAAGGCUGAGGGCAAAGCCGGGAAAGAAGGCAAAGAAGGCCAAGGCGGCAGAAUCUGCCUCGAAACCAGAUGCCAGUGAAGAAUCCCCUGGACCAUCAAAAAUGAAGACAGGGAAGCCUGAAGAAACCCUUGAUUCUGGAGAGAAGAAAACCAGCUCAGCUCCGAAAAGCGAAGCACCAAGUGGGAGCUCCUCUGGGAAAGCUGGGAAGCCCCUGUGUGGGGCCUCAAAGAGGUCCAUCGCCGACAGCGAAGAAUCUGAGGCCUACAAGUCCCUUUUCACAACCCACAGCUCCGCCAAGCGCUCCAAGGAGGAGUCGGCCCACUGGGUCACCCACACAUCCUACUGCUUCUGACGCCCAGGCAGGCUUGGUUUCUGUUUGGGCAGGGGGCGCGGGCAUGGGCGCGGGCUGUCCUGUGUGUCCUCUGCGUCUCCGCUGGCUCCGUGUUACAGUUGUCUCCCAAACCUGGGAGCAUAUGCAGUACGUGUAUUCCCGGAGAGGGUGUGGGUGAUUUGUAUGGUUAAAUAUACAUAAACAUUUCCAAAUUCUGUCGUUUGG